UGAAGUAGGGGCGUUGGCAAAUCUUAAAGCACGGGAUACUCUGUACUAUACUGCAUAGGCGUAUACUCUAUAUACUAUAGUUUUUAAUAAAGAAGGUCAACAUCUGUAUAUCGGGAUAAGUCGUCGUUCUGAUGCCAAGCGUGGUUGUAUGUGCUACAGCUCCUUAGACUAUAACGUUCACAUUUCAAGUCAUAAGGAACUACACUAUCAGCUCAAAGGCGACGUAGCACUUGUAUACUAUAUUGGUGUAAUUUAAAGGGAUGGGUGGCUUCUUCCCAUAACUCUCUGAUCUGUGUGUUGAUCAUAUAUUUCAUAGCGUCGUUGCAAGCCAAGGAGAAUCACUUACCUGCGCGCGUAGUAAUCAUGGCAGUGAGAGUGGAGGCUGUUGCCCAACAAUCAACACCAAGCCAGUCACAUAAACCGUCGGCAGCUCAAUCCUCGUCAUCUCAGACAGAAAAUAGUAAUACGCAUACAUCAGACGAAGCUCUGGUCACGAUAAGAAGAAUAAUAGAAGCGGAGGACUACUAUGAAGUACUUGGGGUCAGCAGAGAACAGUCCAAUCCCAGUUUAUUCAGGACGCAAUACAUCAAACUCAGUAAAAAAAUACACCCCGACAAACAUUUAGACAACCCGGAAGCCACCAACGCAUUUCAAAGUAAGUAG